CCGCUGAGCGCAUGUCCGGGGCGUUCUUUGCCCAAAUGAAGAAAGCAUCUCGUUCGCCGUUGAUUGUAGCGAUGGGCCAUCCUUUUGUUCCGCUUGAAGUUAAAGCGGAUAAUACUCCUGACAUCCUUAAGUACGUUGAGUUGUUCUAUGAGGAUAUGUACCGUGAAGACGAGUGCUGGUCACAGGAGGACAUAGCCGUUGUACCGGCGAAGGAGGUGUGGGAUAAGUGCGCCACCCGAGUGUCGCCAGAGCAUAAGGCUGUUUUGGAUGCGCCCAUUACUCAGGAGGAAGUAGCCGGGGCUCCGUUUGGGAUGCACAAAGGUAAGGCGUCGGGCCCGGAUGGUCUGCCGGUUGAGUAUCUGAUGACUGCGACACGGCCCCUCCUUCUGUAUCUGUGUGAGGCUUUCAACCGUUUGUUCUCAGGAGAAGAGGCCUCCCCGGCCACCUUCGGCCAGACUACAAUUGUUCUCCUGUACAAGAAGGGGAGUGUUGAAGAGAUUAGGAAUUGGAGGCCCAUUUCUCUUCUGUCAGCGCCAUACAAGUUGUAUGCGAAGGUGUUGGCUAAUAGAGUUGCUGCAGUGUUGCCUGCCCUUGUUCACUCCACCCAGACUGGUUUCAUCCCUAGGAGACAGAUCCUUGUGAACGUUCUCCUGGUUCGUCAAAUCAUGGAGAGGGCUCAAGAUUUUCAGCCCCCGUUGGCUACUCUCUUUCUGGAUUUUGAGAAAGCUUAUGAUAGGGUCAGGUGGCCCUUUCUUCUGCAAGGUAUGAGGUGCAGAGGGUUUGGGGAGGUUUUCGUGAAGGUUGUUGAAGGUGUGUUGGGGAUGGCGGUGGCUAAGGUGCAGGUCAAUGGUUUCUUGUCUUCCCCACUGAAGAUUACGCGUUCCGUGCGAGAGGGGUGCCCGCUCUCCGCCGCUUUGUACGUUUUGUACGUGGAACACUUGCAUGAGAUGAUUCGAGCGAAUGACCAGAUUCCGGGUUUCGAGUUGCCCCGGGGGGCCCAGGUUAAGACUAAUGCGUUUGCUGACGACACUGCGGCAGUGACCCGGGCGACACAUCAAAGCGUCUCGGCUUUGCGUAAUGAAGUUGUUCUCUUUGAAAAGUACGCGGGUGCACGAAUCAAGUGGGGGAAGUCGGUGGCGGUGGUUCCAGCUGGGGUUGACGUUGCGAUGUUUGAGGGGAUGAAGACCCAGUUGCCUGGGGACCAAUUUUUGUAUCUCGGUGCGGUCUCGGAUCCUCCCAAGAAAGCAUGGAAAGACUAUAAGCGAUCCCUGAGGAGAUUUAUGUGGAAAGAUGACCCCUGUGUGUCACAUCUUAUCUAUAGGGUGCGAUGGGAGAAGCUGGUGCAACCCAGAUCAGUUGGGGGACUGGGGUUGUUGGAUCCCCGUGUUCAGGUUUCCGCGUUGCAAAUGCGGACUGUCUUGUGGCUCCUCUUGGAGGAUGAUAUGGAGCCUUGGAAGCUGGUUACGUUGCAGGAGAUGGCGGAGGCUGUCAGAGUACACCCGACAGAUGUUAAGACGGCCCUCCUUCACCCCCAGCUUCUUCAUGGUCUGCGGAGAGGGGUGUUGUGGUCGAAUGCCUUAGAAAAGUGGCGUGAGGCACCCCUGCGUCAGACUGCUCCGCAGACAUGUGAUCAAAUUCUUGAGCAGAGCUUAUUCGGGAACCAUUUCGUAUUACAGUCAGGCGUCCCCUUCGGGCCCUUCCCGUGGCAAGGUUGUCCGGGUGCCUUUGGGAAGCAGUGGUUGUCAUGUGGUGUGUUUCGGGUGGGGGAUAUCUGGGAUGAGCAGGAAGGCACGUGGAAGGAAGAAGGCGAGGUUCUCGGACGGCUGGAUCAUCAGCCCAAGAAGCAGGAAAGGUUGGAAGAGAUCAAGCGAGCGAUUCCGCAGGAGUGGGUUGACUGCCUUGUGGCUAAGGAUCGGAUGCAGGGGGAAUGGGUCACCUUGGAGGGUCAGGGCCGCCCGAUCAUCUUCUUCCAGCUCAAAGAGAGGCUGGGGUCUCAGUGGUAUGGGGCAGAGGCCUGGGAGGAUGUCGGUCGGCAAAAGGCGUUGGGUGACGUCCUUGUUCGGCGUCCGGACCGGGAUAGCAGGCUCCAUGAGGAGAACAUAAGGCCAGUCGUGGUGUUGAGGGAUCAGACGGUUUCUAAGGGGAGGGGGUUUCGUCCUUUCAAGCCGGCCUAUAGGCCGCUUCAGAUCCCUUGGGACCCGUCGAUUUGGGAAUGGGCACCUAGGAACUCGCUCAUGAAGCGUUGCAGAAUCCAUCAGGUGACUACGAAGGUAAUUUACAGGUCCCUGUUGGUCCCGACGGACUUGGUCGAUGAAAUGCGGGAGAUAUGGAGGAAGAGGGGAUGGUUGGAUCAGAAGGCCUUGCUUUGCUGGGAUGCUUCGACCUGGCGGAAAGCCUGCAGGCUGCUUGCCCUCCUUCCGGACCAGAAACACGCGGGGGGCCUGUGGCUCUGCCUCCAGUUGGAGGAUAGGUGUUUGCACAAGGAUAAAUCCUGCAGGCCCGUAGGUUCGACUCGCGAUGAGGCUAGAAUAGGUGAGAGAUGGAAAGGUCGGUACAUCGGGAUAGUCUUGAGAGGCAACCUCUGCAGCGGGGCAUGUGCAGGUUCCCUGGAAGGGGACGCCGAAGAGGGUGACAGCCCGGUCGACCGCCGGACCCUGCUGUGCAACGAGGUGCUGUCCAGGAGUCCAGUUGCUUGGGAAUGCAGCCCCAAUUGGGUGGUAAGUCCCAUCCAAGGCUAAAUACGUGCGAGGGACCGAUAGCGAAGAAGUACCGCGAGGGAAGGAUGAAAAGAACUUUGAAAAGAGAGUUAAAGAGUGCUUGAAAUUGCCGAGCGAGAAGCGGAUGGAGGGGAAGUCGUGCGUUCCCGUCUAGGCAGGGGUGGACGGCAACUGUGUUGUCGCCCGCCUUGUUGGACGUGGGGUGCCUGCUAUCAUGGGCUGCUGUGACCGGCAUUGUGGUGGGGAGCGACUGAAACCCCCCACGGGUGGCCGCCACGGCAGUCGAGGACCUUGAGCACGCGCCUCUUUCGGCGGGCCCGUUCGGGUUCCUGCGUGUUCGGGAUGCUGGCGAAAUU